AUGCAAUUUCAGCUCUCCGACAUUUCCUCAGAGUUCACCAAGUACCGGCACAUUGUUGCAGCGCUACCACCGGAAAUUGCUAUCGAAGUUGCCGACGUGCUCCAAGCCCCACCGCAAGAGAACCAUUUCACCAACCUCAAGUCUGCAAUCCUCGAUCGUACCACCCUCACUGGGCGUAAGCGGCUACAACAAUUGCUCAAUGCGGAGGAGCUCGGUGACCGCCGACCGUCCCAGCUGCAACGGUCCAUGGAAUCUUUGCUCGGCGAUCGUGCCCCAACAUUCGACGCCCAGAUGCUCCGGGAGCUGUUUUUGCAAUGCCUUCCCACGCAAGCUCAGAUGAUUUUGACCGCAGCGUCAAGUCUUCCCCUUGAUGAUCUUGCUCAGCAAGCCGACGAAAUCAUGGAAGUAGUAGGCCCAGGUGUCGCGUCACUCUCGCAGCCUUCAUCCGACCCUUCGGAAUCCGGCGAUUCUGACCGUUGUCGCCAAGACCCCGUGCACGCACACCUUGAUUCCUUAUUCCUCAGUUCCUUGGUGUUGGUACCACCAUCGUCUCGGAGCUCGUGCGGAGAAGUGCACUCGCCCUUGCGGCUGGUCGGGAAACUCGGCAGGGGAGCACUUACGGCGACCAGCAGUCUCCCGGGGUCUUCCAUCAGUCGCCUGUUCUACGUUACUGGCCCUGUGUCCAAGAUGCUCUUCUUGCUCGAUACCGGUGCCGAGGUCAGUGUGCUGCCUACUUCCCCAUCUGAUAGGCGCCGUCCGGCUCUGUUCCAUCUCACCGCAGUCAGCCGCACCACCAUUACAGUCUUCCGACCGCAAAUCCUCAACCUUAAUCUCGGACUGCGCCGAAGCUUCUCUUGGCUGUUCUUAGUUGCAGGCGUCGGACAAGCUAUUCUGGGAGCAGAUUUCCUCCACCACUUCGGUGUCGCGGUCAACGUUCUACACAAGCGACUUCUCGACUCGACAACAAACCUUUCCAUCUUUGUCAAGAGUGCCCCAUCGCCUCCCGUCGUGGCCUCCACUUCUACCUUUCCUGCGAUGACGUCGCCUUAUGCCUCCAUCCUGAGGGAGUUCCCUUCCCUCACUCAGCCGCCGAAUUGGUCAAGGCCUGUCGCUCAUGAUGUGGUCUAUCACAUCUGCACCACUGGACCACCAGUAUUCGCACGACCACGACGGCUAGCGCCCGAGAAACUCAAAAUCGCACGCACCGAGUUUGAGCACAUGCUCGCCAUCGGCGUCGCACGGCCCUCUUCGAGUGAUUGGUCAUCUCCAUUACACAUGGUGCCAAAGAAAACCGGAGACUGGCGCCCAUGUGGCGAUUAUCGAGCACUUAACAUCGCCACAGUUCCCGACCGCUCGACCCCCGAGGAGCACGAAGACCGCCUCCGCCAACUCUUCACUCGCCGGGACGCCCAUGACAUUGUCAUAAACGUUCAGAAGUGCGAGUUUGGCGUUGAGUUCACUGAAUUCCUCGGCCACAUGGUCUCUCGCACCAAAAUCGCAGCUCUCGCCACCCUCGCCACCAAGGUUGCUGCCAUUAACAGUUUACCCCAGCCCCAAUCCAUCCGGCAGCUGCGCAGGUUCCUCAGCCUGGUAAACUUCUACAGGAGAUUCAUCCCGCAUUGUGCCACGAUCCUCUGUCCCCUGGAGUCGCUACUCAGUCACCGGGAGACCCGCUCCAACCCUCUUCCUUUGACGGUAGAAGCCGAGGCUGCGUUUUCCCAAGUCAAGACCGCCCUUUCUGCACAGACGCUCAAUUUCCAUCCCAAACAUGAGGCUCCAACUACCCUUAUGGUAGAUGCCAAGGCUCUCAACCCCACGGAACAGAAAUACAGUACCUUCGGACGGGAGCUGUUAGCCGCCUAUCUUGCAGUCCGGCACUUUCGACACUUCUUGGAAGGCCGCGACUUCACUAUCCUGACGGACCACAACCCGCUCAUCUACACUUUGCGAUCUGCCAGUAGCCAUUAUUCUCCCCGCCAGAUUCGCCAUCUAUUUUUCCUGGCAGAGUUCUGCACGGAUAUACAGUACGUGCGCGGUAACAAGAACGGCCCCGCAGACGCCCUCAGCCGCACCGCUCCCCUGUCUGCUCCGCCAACAUCCAUUUGUCCCGAAGCUCUAGCUGUCGCGCAGACCGCGGACCAAGAACUUCCUCUACUCCGCACCAACCAUUCAACCUCUCUGCAGCUUGAAGAUUUUCCUCUGCCAGCCACGGGCUUAAGCCUCUGCUGCGACACUUCUACCGGCCGUUCUAGACCGUUCGUCCCAUCGGCGCUCCGCCGCGCAGUUUUUGCCGACCUUCACGACCUAUCUCAUCCUGGCGCCAGAGCGUGUCAGAAGCUCAUAGCGGAACGUUAUGUCUGGCCUUCAAUGAACGAAGACAUCCGUUCCCGGGUCAGAGCCUGCCUCGCAUGCCAGCGAUGCAAAAUACAGCGGCAUACCGUCACCCGCUCAGAAAGUUUGCCCUGCCCAACGCCCGUUUCGACUCUCUUCAUAUGGACAUCGUCGGCCCCCUGCCUCCAUCCGACGGGUUCCGGUACCUGCUAA